CAGUGAGCUACAAAAACGUGGCUAUUUGACUAGCGUGCUACGUUCUUACAGAUGGCAGCUGUUAUUCAGGAUCCUUCUCGCCAGAUUACGAAGCCGGAACUAGUAUUCAAAAUCGACGGACUCUCUUGUGGUGUAAAUGAUGCGAUCUUUAUUCCUGGUAGAGACUCUAUUGUCACAGGAUCAGAGGAUCGCACUUUGAGGAUUUGGGUCAGGAGAGAUACUGGGAAGUUCUGGCCAACAGUUAUCGAGCUGCUACCCAGUCCCAUUACCUGUAUCACGUAUUCUGCCGAAUUACACAGAUUAUUCGUUGGUUUGGAGAAUGGGACGGUUGUAGAAUAUGACGUUGCUGAAGAUUUGAAUCAUAUUGAACACAAAAGAGACUAUCUCUCUCAUACUGCUAGGACAACUGGGAUCGUUUGCACCCCAGAUAUGGGUUGGGUUGUAUCUGCUUCAAAAGAUCGUACUGUCGCAUGGUAUUCGACCAAUAGUGGUAGACGUAUAUGUGAACAUAAUUUAGAGCACUCAGCCACUUGUUUGGAAUAUGAUGUUGGCUCACACUACGUGUUUGUUGGUGAUAGCAGCGGUCGCAUUACUUUACUGAGCAUUAAUCAAGUCAAUGGUCAAGUAACGUGUCGUGUAAUUCGUGAACUCCGUGGUCAUGAGCAGUCAGUAUCCUUUCUGGCUUGGGAUAGUGUAAAUUCUCGUCUAUUUUCUUGCAGUGCCGACCGUUCUGUUAUCUUCUGGGAUAUUGGUGGAGCUAAAGGUUCAUCUUUUGAGUUGCAAGGGCAUUCCAAAGAAGUAUCGUCAAUAUGUUGGUGGAGUAUGGGUGCCUCUUCUGCAAACGUCAAGGACAGUAAGUACAAAGGACUACUUAUAUCCGGUGGUCUCGAUGGUUAUCUGAUUUUCUGGUUUAUGGACCCUUCACGCAUAGAAAGUCCUAACUGGUCAGAAUCAGAUAUCUGUCAUAGCUGUAGCGGGCCAUUUUUCUGGAAUGUCCGUAAAAUGUGGAACAACAUGUCGGUUGGUGUGCGUCAGCAUCACUGUCGUAGAUGUGGUCAUGCUGUUUGUGACAAAUGUUCUCCUUAUCGGUCUAAUCUACCGUGUAUGGGUUUUGAAAAAGAUGUUCGUAUAUGCAAUCAAUGCUUUCCUUUAAUAACUGAUUCAGACCGCAGGAGUUUGGCUAUUUCGUUUGACGCUCGCCAUCCUGUUACAUGUAUUCGUGUAGAGGAAUCCUUGAACUUACUUCUAACGGUUGGGAAAGAUCGGAUUAUCAAGGUGUGGGAUAUCAAGGCUUUUUCAUCAAAUCCACAUUCAUAAACUGUAUACACUACAAAUGCUAUUUUAUGUGAUUUAUUUGGUAGGAUUAUUUCCCGCCUUUCAUGGUGCAUACACCAGUGAUUUUGAGACACUUUAUUCAUCUUUAUGUUCUACGAAAUUGAAAUUGUCUAAAAAUGAUCUCUGAUAACUUUGAAUAAGAUAUAUAGGCAUACAUUCUAUAAUAUAUUUACGUUUCCUCAUAAAUUUACUGUACAUAUCAAAAGUAUUUUAGCGUCUUUCUAAUGUAGUUUAAAAUGAUUCUGUAUGUAAAAUCCUUGCUUAAUAAUAUUAAAGCUAACCUGCCACAUAUUAUUCAGAAGUUAGUCUUACUUAGUUUCGCUAGUUCAAUAUUGAUAAACAGGAAAGGCUGAAACUCCGCACACCAAUGCAAUAGUUGAGUUUCCCGUAAUCGAAAACGACAGCCUCAUGAUUCCUAUAUUUCCUCAUUGUUUCGGGGUCAAACUAUUUCAUGUUAUUCACCUAACUACAAUAUGAUGCCUGCGUUCUAUAAGCUUUAGAAUGCGUUUGGGCUAGAGAAUAGUUCAUAAGAAAUCUAAGUUACAAACACGUCCCUUGUCUACUGAAAGCCACGGUAGUGCACAGUCGAUAGGAUAAAGUACAGGUCAGUUAGCCAGCUGAAACGUAGGACCAGGCACGUAUACGCAUCGGUAGAAGUUGCCACACCUCAUUAGCACAACAAGAUGAUCACUAAAUCCACAGAAGUAGUUAUCUCAAUGAUGGUAAUAUAUAAAAGAAAGAUUUCAUAUAAGGAUACAAUACAAAGAGAAAGAAUUGGUUCGUAGAAAGAAAGGUAUAAAGUAAUUUUCAUCUCACGGUUUAUGGGAAGACAAAGAGCGUAUACACCUACGCCAUUGUGAUCGAUUCUGAGUCGUCACAUAGAGUUUCCAGUCACUGGUUAUGAUAGUCGCGCAGACCCCAACCAAGUAGUCUGGGUCUACCGACAUGGCUCAGACCAGGACUUAGUGACCUUAUGGACUGAUGCCACGUUUUGGUUUGGUCGCCCCUAACUUCCAUCCGUCUCCAACACUGGUCAGCAUUGUGCGUCGUGGUAGUCGAUGGUUUGGCAUGUAAAAUACUUGGCCCAACCAUCUCAGUCGACGGAUAUCUUGCCUUCACCAUAGGUGAAGUAAGUUGGCAAAAGCCAAACGAGCUUUCUGAAUCCGUGCAGAUUUUGUCAGGCACCAAUCAAUUAGUGCCGAACAGACUUCCAAGAUAAGUGAAGUUGUCGACGUGUUCGACUACUUCAUUCCCUAUCCUUAGUUCAGGUGUUGACACAGGUCAGUCCUGAAGCAAUAAUUUGCAUUUAGAGGUGGAGAAACGCAUUCCAAACAUUCUGGCAUUGUUGCUGAGUGCUACCAAAAAACUCUGCAUUUUAUUAGCGUCUUCACCAGACGGGACUAUGUCAUCUGUGUAUUCUAAGUAAGUGUAUCUCCUGGUAGGAGAUCAAUUCCUGAAAACUCAGUCGACGAGAACGUUAUUUCCAGCAGUAGGUCUAUGAUGAAAUUAAACAAAAAUGGAGAUAGUGAACAGCCUUGUCGGACACCACUUGAAGUUGUGAAAUCGGACGACAGUUCGCCAUAAGCUCUAACUCGACUGGUAGUGUUCGAGUAAAGAGACUUCACAAGAUUUACGUACUUCUGAGGUACGCCUUUCAAUGACAGACACUGCCACAGAACAUCUCGGUCUAGAGUCAAAUGCUACUUUUAAGUCAAGGAAAGCUAUCAUAUGGGAUACUGAUAGGCAUGCCUGUGUUCUAAAAUCUGACGAAUGUUGAAUCUGUGGUCGAUGCGGCCACGACCAGGUCUGAAGCCAGCCUGAUUUUCACGUGUUUGCAGUUCACGAGUCUUUGUUGGGCGUCCUGUAGUUAUUGAGGCUAGUAUUUUAGAUGUUAUAUUAGUCAAACUAAUGUACUAUGAUAGUCACAGGAUGAUUUUGGCCUCUUAUAUAUUGGGACAAUUAGUGAUUGUGAUCAGUCAGAUAGGAUUACGUCCAACUCCCGGAUUUUAGUUAAAAUAUUAGCUAACCUAAUCGUUAAAACUGGACCACCAUACUUAGAGACCUCUGGAGCCAAUUCAUCUGGACCAGCUGCUCUUCCUCGUUUCAGAUUAGCUAUAGCUUUUUAAACUUCGAUUAGAGUCGGCGGACCUACUUCAGUGUUCCACUCAGGCUGUUUGGAGAUGGUGGGUAGCUGUAGAGCAGCUGAACUGCUCCUUAGUGUUCAACCCAUCAUUCUAAAUAUCUAAGAGUGCCGUUAUUUCCUAGAUUGUCUCACUUACACUUAACUUCUUAAUCCCGGUCUCUUCUAUUAGUCCGAAAAGCCGUCUUGUGUUACAUACAGCCGCUGUCUUUCCCAUAUCUUUUGCUUUUGGUUAGCCUAGAUCUGAUUUGCUUUUGCUCUUCAUCGUGUUCGGAGCCUGAUGGGAUGAGUUUGCGAGGGUCUAUCAGGGCAAUAGACUUUGUAGAAAUCCACUGAUUUUUCGUGGCCCUUUGGUUCAAAUCACUAAUAGAUGUCACUGUUGUUUCCACAGCUGUUAGUAUAUCUUUACAAGUAACAUCUGGAUCAGCCUUGCUUUCAGAAUUGCCUAAGUGUGACUUCGUUUGCUCCUAAAAUUUACCUUUGCCCUUCUCAUCGCUGACUUCAUUUCUAAUGGGUCUGUUUAAUGUGGCUUUUCUGCAUCCAGUGAGGCGCAGGUGAAUGCGUGCUCGUAUUAGAGCGUGAAUAGAGUCUAAACAUGCACCCCAGAACGAGCAGCAGUCUUCUAUCUGGCUUCUCCAAGGAUGACUGGUGGCAAUAUGGCCUAUUGGAGUCCAUCGUUGGUUUGUUGCAAGAGAUCGUUACGUUAGACGAUGUCUCUUCUUAUGCUUAAAAUUAGUGCUUGUUAAAAAUAGACGAUUGUUUGAGCACAGUUGCAGCAGACGAUUACCAUUAUCUGUUCGCUGAUCCGGAAUACCUAAAUACCUACCUAAAUGUAUUUCUGUUUGUUUUAAGCUAACCACUUUGGCGUUAGAGUCACCUGCUACAAGUACUAUGUCUGAGUGUUUAGCUUUUUGAAGCUUCCUGUAAAAUUCAUCUCACUUCGUCCGGGCUGCAGUCAGUGGGAGUGUAGGUAGAAACGACAUGUGUCCCUAUCCUUCCGAGUUCUUACGGAGCUGUUUAUCCGAAUAGCACAUAAGCGACUGUUAACAGGGAUGCAUCCCAAUAGUGCUUGUUCUGCCCUCAUAUUUAAUGCUAUGCCCAAACCCGCUAGUUCACGAGAUCUAGCAUUCAGGCCGCCAGAUAAAGGGAGGGUGUAUCUCGUUGGCUCCCCGUUUAAGCUAGGUUAGAUCAAGUUUUUUAGCAUAAACUGUGAGUAAUCUUCCAGAGGUGACGAUGGUCAAAUAUCGAGAUGUUCAGAAGUUCCUUUUUUAAGAAUCUAACGGAUGGGUUUUCGCUAAAAAAUUUGUAGACCUGACAUUUUUGAGUGUAUUGUAGUGUUACAAUGACUUCACCUUGACAUAUUUUUAAAAUUUGGUUACUUAAGCUCAAAUAUUUUUACAAAGGGGUACUAGAAUAUUUAUACACUUCAUAAUGCCCUGGUAUGGCCGAGAGCGGAGUGGGUUCGCCCUGCCUCUCGAAAUACUCUCACACGGCCACGCGUAUAUAGCCUCUGCCAGGGAAGCCCUACUCACUGCCUUCUCGUGGCGGGGGUGUUGUUUACGAAAAUGAGAGGACGAAAAGGGAAUGUCUGGCGCUUUAACUGGAUUCCAAGUGAAUGGUGCACAUGGGCUCCAGUAUCCUGCGGGAACAAAUGGCGUAUGAACCAAUUUUCGGUCACCCGGCUACCAUGGGACUGCAUCUCCUCACGGUGCUCCACUGCCUUGUGGGUUAGACCGUUAGGUCAAAGGCUCGGGGUGUGGCCUCCUAAGGAAACCACCUGCUUCGGCUUGGGCACCCAGGCAGUAUCACAGCCCACACACAAUUAAUGAACUGAACUGUCUAUGAUCAUGGAAACUAAUUCUCUUGCUUCGACGAACAUUCAAAUGAUUCAAAUAUUAUUAUUAUUGUUAUUAUUAUUUACUACAUCAUUAUUCACCCUCUUUUAUUCGUACUCUGUCUACUUAUUUUUUUCGACUUAUACAGCAGCCACUGUCCGGUUGAAAAUUGUAUGUUACCACCGAAUACGAGGACUGAAGCAGUUUUUCUGAAACCACGUGCACCAUUCAAACUGGCUGCCUUCAACGUUCGCACAUUUAUGCAGGUCGGACAACAGAUAGAGCUGGCUAUCUCUUUGGGAAGUCUUAAUAUCGAUGUUUGCUGUCUAUCCGAGACCCGUAUUCAAGACUCUGGUGAAGUACUACAAAUUCGAUCUCCAUCUGUCGCUUCGAAAAGCUUGUUUUACGUGCGCUUAUCCGGGGACUCUGUGGCGUCUUCGUCUGGUCUUGCUGGCGUUGGUGUCGCACUAAUCGCUAGAGCUGAGGCAGCACUAGUCGAUUGGAUCCCCAUUAACAGUCGGUUAUGUGUUGUUAGAUUAGAGAGUUCCAUCAAAGUGAGAAGAAAUCGGCGUGAGAAACGAUGUCUUUUCGUCAUCUCCGCCUAUGCUCCGACAGAUUGCAGCCCGGAUGCAAUCAAGGAUGGGUUUUACCACCAGUUAUCUGUUCUUCUCCAGAAAGUGCGUUCGACAGAUAUUGUAGUACUAGCCGGAGACUUGAAUGCUCAGGUCGGGCGUCUAGGCACAGAAGAGAGUCGUUUAGGUGGCCCAUGGGGACUUGUUGGUCGCAGGACAGAUAACGGAGACCGUCUACUGCAACUAUGCACAGACCACAACCUGUUUCUGGCUAGCACUAACUUUCGGCACAGUCAUCGCCGAUGUGCCAUCUGGCGUCCUCCCUCUGCAUCUCAAGCCUGGACUCAGAUUGAUCACAUCGCGAUCAUCUACCACUAGCGUGGUUGUGUACAAGACUGCCGCUCCUUUUGGAGUACCUAUCUGGACUCUGAUCAUGCCUUGGUCUGCGCCAAUCUCGCCUUACUUUUCAGUGGACAACGAAGUGACCGCCACCAACGGAUUGAUGUUAGCAAGUUGGUUGCAACUUCUGUUGCAAGUAAGUAUCAAACCGAGCUAGCUUCUAGGCUAGCUACCAUUCCACCGAAAAGUAUAGAUGAGAAUUGGUUGUAAUUGCAUGACGCCAUGAAAAUGGCGGGUACAGUAAGUUGUGGGUUUGCGAAACGUCCCGCUUAUAAGCACUGGGUUUCUUCAGGCUCCUUACAACUCAUUGAAGCCCGUCGGUCUACUCCGGGUGACCGUGAGUUUGACCACAAACGAAGGUUGUUACGUAGCGAAAUUGGGCAAAGCUUGCGUAAGGACCGAGAAGCCUGGUGGUCGGAGCGUGCUAAUGAGCUGGAAGCAGCAGCUGCAUCUAGUAAUUACCGGAAGCUCUUCCAACUCAUCCGAGCCACUGGCAGCAAGAAGUCUGGUGUGAGCGAAACAAUCUGUGAGGAUGACGGGAUGCCAAUCACUAAUAUCCAUCGACGUCUUGGACGAUGGGCAGAAUUUUUUGAAGGGCAGUUCAACUGGCCCUCUGCUCCGGCAGCAUCGGUCAGACUGUCCUGUCCCCCAUGGCUUGUGACGACUGAUCCACCAAAUGAGGCGGAAGUCCACAAGGAACUCCAACUCUUGAAGCGCUACAAAUCACCUGACCCAGAUGACUUACCUCCGGUUCUUUUUAAAGAUGGUGGUGACUUUCUGGUUAAGGGACUGACGACGUUGUUUACAAAGAUCUGGGGACUAGAGAGUGUACCAACGUCAUGGAGUGAGUCGAUAGUUGUCCCUAUCUUUAAAAAGGGUUCACGUCGUUCCUGUAACAGCUAUCGGAGGAUAAGUCUACUUCCGAUUGCGUCCAAGCUAUUGGCUUCCGUCAUACUUCAUAGGUUGUUAAAAACCCGAAAAAGAUUGACUCGCGAGGAGCAGGCUGGAUUUCGUUCUGGUCGAGGAUGUAUUGAUCAUAACUUCACCCUCCGCCAAAUGUUAGAACACCUCCAUACUUAUCAAAGGCCAACAAUCGUAGUGUUUCUUGACAUCAGGGCUGCCUUCGAUUCGUUGGAUAGGACUGUUCUCUGGGAUUGUCUAUUGAAGAAGGGUGUGCAUGAGAAGUUUAUUAACAUCUUAAAGGCCCUAUAUACAAACACCUUAGGCAGAAUGAGGGCAUACAACCACCUCUCUCCAUUGUUCCAUUCGAGCAGUGGGGUUAGACAGGGUUGCCCAAUCUCACCAUUCCUCUUCAACUUUGCCAUCGACGACAUUCUGGAAACAGCUCUGAUGGAUGUAAGUAAUGGUGGUGUGGAUCUGUUGCCUGGAGAAAGACUUCUCGACCUUGAGUAUGCGGAUGAUAUUGUCUUACCGCGCGAUAAUGCCCAAGCCAUGCAAUCCGCACUUAAUCAGUUGGCGAUCAAUGUCCGUAGGCAUGGUAUGUGCUUUGCACCUUCGAAGUGCAAAGUACUUCUACAAGACUGGCAGGAUUCUAAUCCUGUACUCACCCUGGAUGGUGAGCAGAUAGAAGUGGUCGAGAAGUUCGUGUAUCUGGGUAGCUGCAUAAGUGCUGGUGGGGGUGUGAGUGAUGAGAUCAAUGCACGUAUAGUGAAAGCCAGAGCGGCUCAUGUCAAUCUGGGCCAUCUUUGGCGCCUUCGUGAUGUUAGUCUGGCUGUAAAAGUUCGGAUUUACAACUCGUCGGUGAGAGCAGUUUUGCUCUAUGCUUGUGAAACCUGGCCUCUCCGAGUUGAGGACGUUAGACGACUCUCUGUGUUCGAUCAUCGUUGUCUCCGAAGGAUUGCUGACAUCCAGUGGCAACUCCAUGUUAGUAAUGUACAGGUUCGGCAUCGUGUGUUCGGACACAGAGACGAUAAUGCAAUUGGUGUCACCAUCGUGAGACAUCGACAACGGUGGCUUGGACAUGUUCUACGAAUGUCCUCCCAGAGAAUUCCACGUCGUGCAUUAUUUGCCGACUCUGGGACUGGUUGGAGAAAGCGGAGAGGUGGUCAGUAUAUGACAUGGUGUCGUGGUAUGGAAGAAAGCUGCAAAGGACUGGCUUGUGACGGUCCUUCACGACUCUCCGGUUGGGGUCCGAGAGAUGGUGCUACACAGUGGCUAGAGACGUUAUCAGAUAUGGCUCAUAAUAGAAGCCAGUGGCGAUCCUGCUGUAACCUUUUACUUUCUUCAUAAAAGUGGUUGUUUCUACCUUAACUGAAAGAUUUGUUCUGAUUGUACCUUUCCGUUCCCUCAUUAUGACUAUGAUUGUUACUACAAUCCCUUACACCGAUCUCUUAUUGUUUUUUUUAAAUUUUUUUUACGUUCCUCAUUUUUUUCUUCUAAAUUCUCAUUGUUUUGUGUAGCGCAUAUAUAUUUGGCGCACUCCUG